CCCACUUCUAUAGGGACUGAAUUACAAUUUUUCCAAAAUACUUAAUUUCUCCUUCUCCCGCCACCUCCCCCCACCACGCACCGCCACACAGCUCAAAACACAUCGAACACUGAACACACAUCUCUUCCGGCCAUCUUUUACUUCUUCUUCCAUCCAUCUUCUCCGGCUGAUUUUUCCCGGCGACUACUUUCCGGUUCGCACAAGGCGCAUCUUUGAUCCCGGAGAUCUUGCCGAUGGCGUACAAUUCAGCGGUGGGCUCCAGCGGGCAGGUUAAUUGGGCGGAUUUGGGUUAGAUGUAUGAGGAUCCGAGGAAGAGGAGUUUGUGGGCGUUUUGUUUUAAGGCGAAGGUGAUGACGUUGGUUUGAGUCUGGAGGUUGACGGUGAUGAAGUCGGCGGGGUAGGUGGUGUUGGCGUUGAUGCCGCCAACUUUGUCGGCGGCGAGGAUGACGUAAUGGGGUUUGUCGGCGGCGAAGAAGGCGUCGACGGAGGAUUGGGAUUGUAGGUCACAUUUUAUUUUUUACGGGGAUUUGGCAAUUAGAUCAUCGGUACAAAAACAUUCUGGGAACAGGAUGCUGGGUUGGCGUGAGUUAGUGAACGGGAAGUGGGGACCUUAUGUUUGGAAAACUUACAAACAAGUUUAUGAAGAAACUCUUUAUACCGGUUCUGCCCUGCGCACACACGGUAUCGAACCUGGUGCUCGAAUAGGCAUUUAUGGAUCAAAUUGUCCUCAGUGGAUUGUGGCAAUGGAGGCAUGUGCCGCCCACAGCUUAAUUUGCGUUCCGCUGUACGAUACCCUCGGGCCAGGAGCAGUUAACUACAUAUUAGAUCACGCAGAGAUCGAUGUUGUCUUCGUAGAAAAUAGAAAAGUCAAAGAACUUCUGAGUCCUGAAUGCACUCAUGCUCAAAGGCUAAAACUGGUUGUCUGCUUCACUUCACUGAAAGAGGAAGAGGUGGAUAAAGCUGCCUCUAUUGGCAUAAAAACGAGUCCGUGGGCUCAGUUUCUUCAUAUGGGAAGAGAAAAUCCAGCAGAGAUUUCACCACCAAAGCCAUCUAAUAUAUGCACAAUUAUGUACACCAGCGGCACCAGUGGGGACCCUAAAGGUGUCAUAUUGACACACGAAAACAUUUCGACGAACAUAAGAGGGGUUGAUCUUUUCAUGGAGCAAUUCGAAGACAAGAUGACGGUGGAUGAUGUGUAUAUAUCAUUCCUACCCCUGGCUCACAUUCUUGAUCGUAUGAUCGAAGAAUAUUUCUUUCACAAGGGUGCUUCUGUUGGCUACUAUCACGGUGAUAUAAAUGAAUUGAAGGAUGAUCUGAUGGAGUUAAAGCCGACAUUUUUGGCAGGAGUGCCACGAGUUUUUGAACGAAUACAUGAAGGUGUACUAAAAGCACUUGAAGAUCUCAACUGGAGGAGGAGGAAAAUUUUCGACAUGCUCUACAAAUACAAACUUUACUGGAUGAAUCGAGGGCACAAAAAGAAAGAUGCAUCUCCUCUGGCAGAUCUACUUGCUUUUGGGAAGGUGAAGAACAGGUUAGGCGGCAGAAUACGUCUAAUAGUCUCUGGCGGGGCUCCAUUAAGCAGUGAGGUGGAAGAAUUCUUAAGGGUUACUUCCUGUGCUUUUGUUGUACAAGGCUAUGGGCUGACAGAGAGUUGUGGAUUAUCCACUCUCGGCUUUCCAGACGAAAUGUCCCUAAUCGGAACGGUAGGGUCAGCAUUUGUUUACACCGAGAUCCGUUUAGAAGAAGUCCCUGAAAUGGGCUAUGACCCGUUUGGCGACCCGCCCCGUGGUGAAGUAUUGCUUCGUGGGAAAACGGAAUUUGCAGGAUACUACAAGAAUCCAGAACUGACACAGGAAGUUGUUAAAGAUGGAUGGUUUCACACAGGCGACAUAGGAGAGAUGUUAGAAAACGGAGUUGUGAAAAUCAUUGAUAGGAAGAAGAAUCUGAUUAAGCUGUCUCAGGGAGAGUAUGUUGCUCUCGAAUAUCUGGAGAAAGUGUAUGGGAUUACACCUAUUGUUGAAGAUAUAUGGGUGUAUGGGGACAGUUUUAAGUCAAUGCUGGUUUCAGUUGUGGUACCGAAUGAAGAGAACACCAAAACUUGGGCAAAGCAAAAUGGUCACAAAGGGUCCUUUGUAGAAAUAUGUUCUCUUGACAAGCUCAAAGAUUAUAUCCUCGUCGAGCUUAAGUCUACAGCUGAGAGAAACAAGCUGAGAGGAUUUGAGAACAUCAAAGGUGUAAUUUUGGAGCCUAAGCUGUUUGAGCUGUCUGAAAAAGAAUUGGUGACUGCAACACUGAAAAAGAGGAGAGACAGAUUGCUGAAGCAUUAUAAGGUGGAAAUCGACGCGUUGUACCAGCGGCUAACGGGAAGCAAAGCAUAAUUGUUUAGGACAAAUUGUUGUCCUAAAGCAUAUUCAAGAAACAUCAGGAAGAAUAAUUGUCAUAUUGAGGAAGGAUGAUUAUGUCAUGGAUUUAUGUAUUAUCUGGGUUUUUUCAGCAGACCACAGCAUGUUACUGUUUAUCAUGAGCUCAAAAUUUGCGACGAACCGGGGGAAGCCUGUCUUAUACGCCAGAAUUAAUCAGGCGAAAAAAAAAAUAAUAAUAAUAUUAAUAACAAGAGAUUUAUUGCUUUGAAGGCGUAUGCCAUCUGCUAAUAUAAUUAUUAAUCAGGCUUUGUCUGUUUUGGAGUGGGCUUAUUUUCAGCUGGGUCAGUUCCUGGACCGAACCUAUUUUGAGCCCGAGUCAUAUGUUUUCUUAAUAGUUUUUAUCACCAAACUUAUAUUGCAAUUGAGAUAUUUAUUGAUUUAUUCAUUA